GAUUAUAAGUGACUGAUAAAUAUGUUUAUUUAGCACUAUAAGGUGUCCCAUGCAACUUUUAUUUACAAUACCUCUAUAUUUACUAAAGUGGGCUCUCAACAGACGCAUUACCGUUAAUCCCGUGUCACGAAGGUGUUGUAUUAUUAACAAAGAUGCCAAUGGUGCUGCGGGCACGGAAAUCCCUCGCCCCCACUAAGGUGAGUGAGGAAGAGGAGAGUGAGGAAGAGUCCCAGGACACAGCCCCGGUAACUCGGAGAAAGUCGGCCCGCCCGCACGGGAGCACUACGUACGAGGAGUCAGAUGAGUCAGACUCUGAGUCUGUCCAGAUCAUAAGGAUGGAGGAGACACUUCAAAGUACCCCUGCAGAGCUGGAGGAGGAAACUGCUGAGGAAGCCCAUCUAACGGAAUUGAAGUAUUGUAGCGUCGUGCUAGAUCGUAUUGGGGCUGAGGACAAGGCAAGUGGAGAGCUUGAAGAGAGAGAAGACAUGAACCGAAAAGGUGGGAAACUCGUCUCCCGGAUCCCCACUUUCCAAAAACGACCCAGCGGCGCAAUCCCAACCCCGGAGCUGCAUCUUCCCAAAAAAGAUCCCCCUGUCCACGUAGCUCAGCCUCUGGAGAAAUCUGGGAGCGGGGGCGCAGAGGCCUUGAAGUCCAAGCUAACCGAAAUCAGAGAAAAAGCGCUCCCUUUACCGUCAGUGCAGACCCCCAAGAUCAGCUUUGAAGCGGAACCUUCCACCACAUUUGCCCAUAGUCCUGUUAUUACCACUCCCAAGAGUCUCUAUGAGUCUGGGCAAUACUCUUCCAUGAUUGUGAGCCCCAGGCCUGCCCUCAGACUGCAGCAAGGCUCGGAGCAACAUCUACCAGAGGAAGACCAGAGCCAAACGCUUGAAAAAGGAGCCGAUAACGUACUAGAUGCCCCCGAUUCUCAGCUGCCAGACCAGGGCCCCAUUGGACAAAAGCCUUUGGGAGACACUAAAGAAAAGUAUGACGUAGCGGUUGAAAGCUGGAUCACCCUCACUGCCUAUGGAGACACCAAGCAGUCUGAAGACGAACUUCACACAACCAAGGUCAGCGAUGUGGCGGCGAUCAUGGACGAACAACCGCCGUGGGAAAUACAACUGAAGAACCCGCUCGAAUUCAAGGACAGUAAAUCUUCAUCAGAAGCUGAAUGUGAGGAUGAUUUAGCAGAGGAAAAGUCAGAGGACCAUGAUGAUGAAGUGGAAAUGAAGGAACAUUAUGAACCUCUUAUAACCAAGUCUGAGUUUUUAGGUCAUACAGAGAAAAGCUUCAACGUUGAUGAAGCGACCUCUCCUGCAGCACCAGAGAAACCUGCGGCAUCUACCAAGUCGACUAAGAGCUCAGGACGCUGCAGUUUUGCCCUCUUCUGCUUCCUGCCCACCCUCUUGCUGCUUGUCGGGGGGCUGGGUCAGCAUGUGUGGCACUACGGGCUCCCCUUGUCCGUGGCCCAGCUCACGGCUCAGAUGGAGCUACACUGGAUGGAGGGCUUGCUGGUUCCAGAGUCCUGCAGCACUGACUGUCGGGUGCGGCUGGUUGAGAGCAUCCCUGAGGGUCUCUACCCGUACUCCCCCCCGUCCAGGCGGAGCAUCGCAGACAGCUGGCUGCACCUGCUGGACAAAGCUAACAGCUCGGUCGAUAUCGCUGCGUUCUACUUCAGCCUGCGAGGCAGCGAGGACCCAGACGCCACUGACUCUCAGGGGAGAAUGGUGUUUGAGAAACUGAAACAACUUGAAUCCAAAGGUGUGAAGCUUCAGGUGGCCGUCAACGCCCCACAGACCUCCACUAAGGAUACGGCAGAGUUAGCUGCUACAGGUGCAGAAGUGAGAGAGGUGGACCUGAAGGCUGUGACCGGGGGCAUCGUCCACACCAAGCUGCUGGUGGUGGAUCAGAAGCAUUUCUACCUGGGCAGCGCCAACAUGGACUGGCGCUCUCUGAGUCAGGUGAAGGAGGUGGGGCUGUGGGUGGAGGACUGCAGCUGCCUGGCUCAGGACGCCUUCAGGAUCUUCGGGGUGUACCGGAGCAUCGGAGGGUUGAACAACGGCUCCCUGCCGCCCUACUGGCCCGCUCGUUUCUCCGCCCUGUCCAGCUCCCAGAACCCCCUGCACCUCAUGUUCAAUGGCGUGCCAGCUCAGGUCUACCUGUCUAGCGCCCCCCCGCAGAUCUCAGCGCGCGGCCGCUCAGACGAUCUCUCCACCAUCCUGUCCGUCAUCGACGAUGCCCACACAUUCAUUCACAUCUCCGUCAUGGACUACCUUCCUCUGUCCCAGUUCUCAGAGCCACUCAGGUAUUGGCCGGCCAUCGACUCGGCGCUGCGCUCGGCGGCGUGCACCAGAGGCGUGCAGGUCCGCCUGCUGGUCAGCUGCUGGAAGCACUCCCCCUCCGCCAUGUUCCCCUUCCUGCAGUCCCUGCUGCUGCUCAACAGGCCCCCACUCAAAUGCAACGUUGACGUGAAAAUCUUCACAGUGCCUUCUACAGCGAAGCAGAUGAAGAUCCCCUUCGCACGAGUCAAUCACGCCAAGUACAUGGUUACUGACAGAGUGGUGUACAUAGGCACCUCUAACUGGUCGGAGGACUACUUCACGCAGACGGCGGGGGUCGGCCUGGUGGUUAACCAGACGGGCUCCGAGGUGAAGGAGGGUCAGGAGACGCUGCAGGCGCAGGCGGAGGAGCUGUUCCUCAGAGACUGGCUGUCAGACUACGCCCGCUCUCUCUAUGUGGACGACCUGGACGUCUGCCGGCACUGACGCUGUGUCCUCUAAUAAAGCACAUCGCAUCUUAAAGAGCAUCUCGCCUGCUCCUGCUGCUUGAACUUUAUGAAGAAUCCUCUUGCUGUACCGCGGGAAUGAACUCUUAUUUUAUUUCGCAACUUGCUGCCUAAUUUUUGUAUAUAGUUGCAUUUUUUUAUAUUUGAAGACGUGUUAUUUUGUAUAUUGCUCUGAUGGUUUUCUCAAGGCACAAGGGAACUAGCUUUGUACACUUUAUUUCAUGCCUGGAGCAUUCUGUAUAUUUUCCUUCUUAAAAUGCGGGUGCCAAGCUUUAGUAAUCCUAUGAUAUAUAGAGAUGCAUACAAAAACGGCCAUGUUAACGCUGUUUGAGCUAUGAGCUGUUAAUGAUUGUGUGUAAGCCUUAAUUUGUAAAUACUGAAUUUUUCAUUCAUAACUAACAAAAAGUUUAGUUUGAAUAUGUAGAACCAAACGGAAAAUAAUUUACUUAAAUAAGAGAGCAUUCUUAGUUCUUUUGACGCUUUUUCUGGUCUGUUGAAAAUGCCUGUUUACUUCAUCACCAGGGUCAUUGUAUUACGCUUCAAAUCCUGUUUGUGUUCCUGACUCAGCAGCUUACUAGAUGUUUCAGUCUAAAUAAAACCUUCUUGAUUGGAA